AUGCAGGCAUUUCUUAAGACAGGGAAAAUAUCUAACGCCGAAAAACCUUCCACGUCUGGAGUUAAAUCUACAAAAAAGAAACCUCCAGCGCCAUGGGUGGAAAAAUAUCGACCGAAGACUAUAGAUGAUAUUGUUGACCAAGGAGAAGUGGUUCAAGUUUUAAGAGAAUGUUUAGCGGGUGGAGAUCUUCCACAUUUGUUAUUUUAUGGUCCACCUGGAACCGGUAAAACGAGUGCAAUUUUAGCAGCAGCUAGACAACUGUUUGGGGACAUAACAAGAGAUCGUGUAUUAGAACUCAAUGCUUCUGACGAACGUGGAAUUCAAGUCAUAAGAGACAAAGUAAAGUCAUUUGCUCAGUUGACUGUUAGCAGCACUAGACCUGAUGGUAGGCCAUGCCCUCCUUAUAAAUUGGUCAUACUUGAUGAGGCAGAUUCAAUGACUACAGCUGCUCAGGCAGCAUUACGAAGAACUAUGGAAAGGGAGACUCGAACUACUCGGUUUUGUCUAAUUUGCAAUUAUGUAUCUAGGAUUAUACCUCCCAUAACAAGCAGAUGUUCUAAGUUUAGAUUCAAACCACUGGCUAAAGAAAAUGUUAUAAAAAGAUUACAAGAAGUAUGUGAGGCAGAAGGAGUAGAAGUUGGAGAUGGUGUGGUUCUCCAUCAGGCUGUAGACACCUGUGAAGGUGAUUUGCGUCGAGCACUUACUGCUUUACAAUGCUGUCAACGCUUAUUGGGAAAGAUUACUCCAGAAGGCUUGAUUGAGGUGACAGGACUAGUACCAGAAAAAUUGGUCAAUGAGUAUUUAAGCCUUAAAAAUUAUCGUGAGCUAGAGGAGUUUGUUGAAAAUUUCCUCAUGGACGCAUACUCAGCGUCACAACUCUUAGAACAACUGAGUGCAACAGUGGUUAAUAGUGGCCAUUUAACAAAUAAACAGAAAUGCGUUAUAAGUGAGAAAAUCGCUAUAUGCUCUCACCGGCUGUUAGAUGGCGGCGCUGAAGUAAUGCAGUUAACGGACUUGGGAUGUACGAUAAUUUUGGCAAACAAUGACCCG